GGCUCUAUUCCGAUUGGAGCCGGAGCUCUCCGGCCGGGCACCUUGAGGGGCAACGGGCGGAGCCGAGUCAGAGGACGGGGAGGGGCGACCCGGCGGACUGCGACUCCCAGGGGGCGCCGCGGCAGGCGAGCGUGCAGGGAGCGGCGCGGUUGCCUAGCGACGGUGGGCCAUGGCGGCGGCCGGGCAGCAAUCGCGGGAGCAGCCGGCCCGGCCUCGCAGCGCCGCCCCGCUCCUGGCCCGCGAGGAGGAGUACAGGCGCUUGAACGCGGCCCUGGAGGCGAAGGCGGCGGCGGUGAUGCGCCAGGCGGAGGAGCUGAUGAAGGACCGACGGGAAGCCCUGGCCAGGCCCGUCUCGGCCCGCGGGGACGCGCUGGAGGAGGAGGAGGAGGCGGCGGCCGCCACGGAGAGCAGCAACACAAGAAGAAAAUCAGCACUGCAUCUACAAUUCGAAAUCGGUCACUGACUGGAAGAAAAGGGAAAAGACCUCUCUUAAGUACAAAAUCAAGAUUACAGGUUGACCCAAGCAAUACUGAUGUUGCUGCUCCAGGAUGCUCCCUGACAAAAUUAAUUGGGAAAAUUGAAGGGCAGCUGGAAGAAGGAAACCUGCCUGAUCUGGAAGAUAAUCUUAUCCCAAGUACAGGAUGUGAACUUGGAGCAGAGGCCCAGAUCCGGUUCCUAAAGGCAAAGCUGCGUGUGAUGCAGGAGGAGCUGGACGCCAUUGGGCAAGAAUGUAGCAAGAAGGAUGGAGAGAAUGAACAUUUCAGCAGCCGUCUUAAGGAGGUUGAAGAAGAACGUGGCCGGCUGCAACGCGCAGCCAGCCUACACCAGUCUCAGGCAGAAAAGUACAAACUGCUGUCAGAGGAAGCCACCCGAAAAAGUGAGGGUCUGCAGCAGAAACUCUCCAUGCUAGAAAAGGAACUGGAGAAUCUGAAGCGCGCACAAAAACAAGUUGCAGCAAUCCAGAGCACGACGGACAUUCGCUUGAACCGAGCUCUUGAGGAAGCUGAGAAAUACAAAAUGGAGCUAAAUAAACUGAAGCAAAGUAACAAGGAUGUGGUCAAUCAAGAGCAUAAAAAACUUGAAGAACUAAAAAUUGAAAAUAAGAGACUGGAGAAACAAAAAGAAGAGCUAGUGUCAGGUUUCAAGAAGCAAUUAAAACUUAUUGACAUUUUAAAAAGACAAAAGAUGCACAUUGAAUCUGCCAAGAUGCUUUCUUUUACUGAAGAGGAAUUUAUGAAGGCUCUGGAGUGGGGCAAUCCUUAAUUCAAUACACAGCAUCACCCCUCUACAGAAGAUGUGGAAAUUUCAGAAGAGUGAAAUUGAACCACGCUUUUUUCUGGGGGGAAAAGGCAGAGUAUAUGCUUUACACUGUUCGCUUCUUCCCACCAAUGUUUUUCCCAAUAGCUCUUUUCUCAUUCUCCAUCACUUAGCAGGGUUAAUCUAACCCUUUGCCAACUCUCUUAAUUGAUAGCUCUCAUUAAACUUCUAGACUAUAAAAAUAA